AUGGCAGUGAAGAAGACAGAGAAAGAACUGAACACAGACAAAUCAAUCAGCAGAGAGAAUGACACCUCACUGCAAGACACAGCAACUAUCACCACAGCUGUAAGAGAAGUAGAAGAAGAAGAAGAAGAAGAUGUGACAAUGAGAGUAAUGCUUCUGCAGUCUGUUAACACUAUCAUCUUCACCUUCAACCAGGCUUUCUUAGCAGUUAUAAAGACUACAGCUGCAUCACAAAGACAUUUAUUCACUAGAAAAUGUCAGAAUAAGCUCUUUAUUAUUCUUCAAGAAUGA